AUGGUUAAUAUUUAUGUGAUAGCGAUAAAGAAAUUAGUUUAAAAUUUGAUAGAGAUUUGCAAUAGGAUAAAAAAUAGAGGUAAUCAUCAAAACAAGAAAUUUUUAGGGUACAAUUAUCAAAAUAAACUACAUUCUUGCAGUACUAUGACAGUGCAAACUAUUAAUUCUCAAUAAAAUGACUUGACUAUGGAUAUAGAUCUGGAUUAAAAAAAUUUGAGAGCAAUGAAAGAAGUAAAUAAAAUGACACUUUACAAUGAAAAUCGAAGUAUUUAAAUUGAUUGGACAGGUAAAGGUACUUUUAAUAACGAAUCCAAUAAUGAAUUAGAUUAAUAAUCAAUAUUUUCUGAUGAGAUUAGAAAAAAACCGAUACUUAGGUAGAAAAUUGAAAGAGGCUACCAUGUUUCUGAUAAUUUUCCCAAUGCUUAAUGA